AGAUUUCCAUUUCCACGUUGUAUUGGGAUCGAAUUGCGACGGUUUUAACAACAGCAGUAUGGUAGCAGUGCGGGAAGCUGGAACUACGUAGCAAAUAUCUCGACGGGACAGUCUUCGGUUUCAACUUGCGGAGUGUGGCAAUAAUCCAGCAGCACCCUCAAUUACACCAAUCAUUCCCAUCCCGGUCAAGUCAUCGCGCGGGGUCAAAAUGGUAUUUGCCCAUCCGUUCCAGGCCGACAGGAGACGGAAACAUGUCAUCAACUCAAACACUUGUGCAAGAUCCUGAGAUCCCCGUUCUCAUACCGACAUCACCAACCCACGUGCAACUGCAAGUCUCAAACAUCUACCAGGUCGUUCACGGGACAUCCAAGAGGCCAGCCACAGACUGCUACGGAUACAUCAUAGAUGCUAACCACAGGUUCACGGUCUCCCCCCAGCACCCCGAACCAGAGCUCUGUUCCGCCGUCACUCUGGGUCAGGUCCUGGCCGGCAAAGCACCGGGCCUCGUCGCUCUUGGCUAUUCCGAGAAGCUCAAAAUCUCAGUGGUUUCCAUCAAUGUCCUCCAUCUGCACACCACACCUUGGCUAGCCAAGGUCGAGCCUGCAACACUACUUCCGGGUCGAAUCAUGGAGAGCGGCGGAGGAAACCACUGGGAUGCGGUGAAUUGGUGCCUCAGGAGUGUGUUCCGGAUUCAGGGCUUGUCAGACGGCACGUUUUGUCAGAGCUAUUAUGAGGCGGUGGUGGCUCAGCUUGAGGAGGACACAAAAUAUUUAUGACCUUGCUGAGAAGAUUCGGGCCUAGCUGUUCGUCUGUAUCGUUCACCUGGGACGGAAAACUUAUA